AUGCGAUCCUACGCUGUUCUAGUUGCUGCUUUCGCAGUCGCUGCCAACGCAGCCAACUAUACCAGCUCUCUUAACAUGACCAUCGUCCCCAACUCCGUCGAUGACAGCACCCGAGCGAGCUGGUGCACUGCCCAGGGCAAUACUUGCAAGUCAUUGUGCUCUGGUCGUACCUCAAAGAAUGACUGUGACUACACUACUUUGGUCUACGACUGCGCAUGCUCUGCCAACAACUCGGCUCCUGGCCUUGAGUACUACACCCAGACAAUGCCAACCUUCAUCUGCGACACUCUUCUCGCUCAGUGCUACAAGCAAUAUGAAAACAACCAGGAUGGCCAGCAAUCUUGCAAGGAUGAUAUUGGAAGCUUGUGCGCUUCCCAGGCCCCUCCCACCUCCUCCAAUUCGGGCAGCUCGUCUACAACCACUUCCGCCUCCUCAACUGCUUCCCAGUCCGCCACCCAGACCACUCAAGCUGCUGCGUCUGCUACCUCCGACCAGGGCGGCUUCGCUGCUGCCACCGCUAUCCCCAAGCACGCUGCUGCAGCUCUUGCAGCUGGAGCCUUGUUUGCCCUUCUUUAA